AUGAGGUUGCUUUGCCCUCUCUUGGUCGCUCCAGUAAUAACCGUUGCCGGGUGCCAUGGGAUUCCCAAGUUCCGAGUCAGAUCCGCCACCUUCGAGACGUAUGAUAUCCCAACCACUAACACAUCCUUCACUCUUAAAACCAACGUCGCACUUGGGAUCAAGAACACCAAUUUUGGACCCUACAAGUAUGACAGUAGCACAAUCUAUUUCUACUACGGCGAAGUUGAGCUUGGGAGUGCAGCUAUCCUCAAAUUGAAAGCCCAAUUCCGAAGGACCAAAAAGUUUACCGUUGAAGUGGACCUUGCUUGUACAGAUCUAGUUGGAAAGACGCAACUGGCACAUGAUCUAAGCUCAGGACUUGUGCCUUUGAGUAGCCGAUCGAAAUUGACAGGGAAAGUGGAGUUGAUGUUGAUUUUCAAGAAGAAGAAGGCUGUCGACAUGAAUUGUACAAUGGAAGUGAAUACCGCAACAAAGUCCCUCCAGAAUAUCAGUUGCAAGUAG